AAUAAAAAACAAAAACCCUUCGUUCAGCCGGAACACUCCAUUUAGCGACGCCACCGACCUCUUUUAUGUCCUUUCCAUCUCCUUCCUCGACAAAACCCUAUUUUAUUCUUUUGUUCUUUCACUUUUCCCGUCGCUAAUUCUCGGAAAACCGUCGCUGAGCUCUGUGUGAGUUAAUCGAUCAAAUGUCGGAUUAAGAAGCAUAUCUGGAAGAGAAAAUCCACUUCUUUGAUCAUGGAUCCGGUAAUGGAGAAAACCAACCAACAUCAACCGGAAGAGAAGCGGGAAACGCCUUUACCGCUUCAACGAAACGCCAACAACUCGAAACCAGCCCCGAAGCGUUUCGUCAAGAACCAAAUCCCUGACUCGAUCCUCAACGACGCCUCCCUCAACGCCGCCAUUUCCCUUCUUCCUUCCAACUACAAUUUCGAAAUCCAUAAAUGCGUGUGGCGCGUCCGUUCCACGGGCGCCAAGCGGGUCGCCCUUCAGUUUCCCGAAGGGCUCCUUAUGUACUCCCUUGUCAUCUCCGAUAUCCUUACCUCUUUCGCUGACGUCACUCACUGCUUUAUCCUCGGCGACGUCACUUACGGUGCAUGCUGCAUCGACGACCUCUCCGCCACUGCCCUUGGUGCCGAUUUGUUAAUCCAUUACGGUCACAGCUGCUUAGUCCCAAUCGACUCCACCAAAAUCCCUUGCCUUUACGUCUUCGUCGAGAUUAAAAUCAACGUCGAUGGUCUAAUUAACACAAUCGAACACAACCUCACAUCUUCCAAGGAAUCCGUUGUCCUUGCUGGUACGAUUCAGUUUUCCUCGGCGAUUAGAUCGGCGAAGCCAGAGCUAGAAAAACGAGGGUUUCGGGUUUUAAUUCCUCAGUCAAAACCUUUAUCCGCCGGUGAAGUUUUAGGUUGCACCGCUCCCAAAAUUGGUACCGUGGCAAAUGCUAAUGAAACCGUGGCAGUUUUCGUGGCAGACGGGAGGUUUCAUUUAGAGGCAUUUAUGAUUGCGAAUCCAGGGAUCAAGGCUUUUCGAUACGAUCCUUAUUUAGGGAAGUUGUUUUUGGAGGAAUAUGAUCAUAAGGGGAUGAGGGAAACGCGAAGGAGAGCCAUACAGAAGGCCAAAAGAGCCAAGAGUUGGGGGAUUGUGUUGGGGACAUUGGGGAGGCAAGGCAAUCCUAGGGUUUUAGAGAGGUUAGAAGGGAAAAUGAGGGAGAAAGGAUUUGAUUAUACUAUUAUUUUGAUGUCGGAAAUUAGUCCUACGCGGAUUGCUUUGUUUGAGGAUGCUGUGGAUGCUUGGAUUCAAAUUGCUUGUCCUAGGCUCUCUAUUGAUUGGGGUGAUGCGUUUGUAAAACCUUUGUUGACUACAUUUGAGGCAGAGAUUGCACUUGGGGAGAUAUCCGGGUGGUGGGAGAGAGAUGGUUGUGGAAAUGGGUUGAGUUGUGGGGAGAGUAAAUCAUGUUGUGGUUGCAGGGGAAGAGAGGAUUUUCGUGGGGAUUAUCCAAUGGAUUAUUAUGCACAGGAUGGUGGGGAAUGGAAUUCCUCUUAUGUGAAGAAGUUGGCUCGUCCGGUGAGGAGAAAUAUUGUACCUCCCUCUGGUAAUGGUGCUGUUCUUUAGCAGCUUGGGGAGGGACAAUUGAAACUCUGUAUUCAUCAGCAUAGAGUGCUUUAAUUUCUUCAACAUCAUCGUAACUGCCAAGAAAAACUGGAGAACGCUCAUGUAUCUUAUUGGGAACCAAGUC